AUGGGUUUCAACACAGCCCUUACCCGGAAAUUGGGUAUCACAGUUCCCGUAGUCCAGGGUGGAAUGCAAUGGGUUGGCUACGCUGAGCUUGCCUCUGCAGUGAGCAAUGCUGGCGGCCUCGGAAUUCUUACUGCCCUCACCCAACCAACCCCAGAAGACCUCCGCAAGGAAAUUCGCAGAUGUCGCACCAUGACCAGCAAGCCCUUUGCCGUGAAUCUCACUCUCCUUCCCGCCCUCGUCCCACCAGAUUACGCCGCCUACGCCCAGGUGAUUAUCGACGAGGGAGUCCGCAUCGUCGAGACAGCCGGAAACAGUCCCGGGCCGGUCAUCUCCCAGCUGAAGAAAGCCAAUAUCAUCAUUCUGCACAAAUGCACUACGAUCAGACAUGCCAAAUCUGCCGUGAAACUGGGUGUCGAUUUCCUCUCCAUCGACGGCUUCGAGUGCGCAGGCCACGUCGGUGAGAAUGAUAUCACAAACUUUAUCCUGCUCAACCGCGCGCGUCAGUCACUUGGCGUCCCUUUCAUUGCCUCCGGUGGAUUUGCGGACGGAUACGGUCUAGCUGCUGCACUGGCGUUGGGCGCGGAGGGUAUCAAUAUGGGCACGAGAUUCAUGGCCACUAUCGAGGCUCCCAUUCAUGAGAAUGUGAAGAAGGCUAUUGUGAAUGCUAGCGAGGAAGAUACCCAACUUCUCCUGCGGAGAUGGAGAAAUACCAGCCGCCUUUUCAAUAACAAGGUUGCCAAGGAGGCAUACAAGAUCGAGAAGGCAGCGACCUCGGAUGACUUCUCGCAGAUUGCUCCAUUUGUCAGUGGAAAGCGCGGACGACAAGUGUUCAUCAAUGGUGAUGUUGACCAUGGUGUCUGGACUGCUGGUCAAGUUAUCGGCCUGAUCCACGAUAUCCCCACCUGCCAAGAGCUUCUAACUCGUAUCGAGAAAGAGGCUGUUGAAGCCAUGUCAAAGACCAACAAACUCUACACCCCAACGGCUAAACUUUGA